AUGAAGACCUCCGUCGCCUCCAUGGCUACGGCCAUGACUCUCGGCGCGUCCAGUGUUCUCGGUGCCGCUGCCAACCUCAAGGCCCGUGAUAGCAGCAUCACUCCUAUCACUGUCAAGGGUAACGCCUUCUUCAAGGGCGAUGACCGCUUCUACAUCCGUGGUGUGGACUACCAGCCCGGUGGUUCCUCCAAGCUCGCCGAUCCCAUCGCCGAUGCUGAGGGCUGCAAGCGUGACAUCAAGAACUUCCAGGAUCUCGGCCUGAACACUAUCCGUGUCUACUCCGUCGACAACUCCGCCGACCACGACGAGUGCAUGAACGCUCUCGCUGACGCUGGCAUCUACCUCGUCCUCGACGUCAACACCCCCAAGUACUCUCUUAACCGUGCGGACCCCGAGACCUCCUACAACGAUGUCUACCUCCAGUACAUCUUCGCCACCAUGGAGAAGUUCGCCAAGUACGACAACACCCUUGCCUUCUUCUCCGGAAACGAGGUUAUCAACGACGGCCCCUCCUCCAAGGCCGCUCCCUACGUCAAGGCCGUCACCCGUGACAUGCGCACUUUCCUGAGCGGCAACAAGCUUCGCCAGGUUCCUGUCGGCUACUCCGCCGCCGAUGUCGACACCAACCGUCUCGAGAUGGCCGAGUACAUGAACUGCGGCAGCGACGACGAGCGCUCUGACUUCUUCGCCUUCAACGACUACUCCUGGUGCGACCCCUCUUCCUUCACCACCUCUGGCUGGGACCAGAAGGUCAAGAACUUCACCGGCUACGGCAUCCCCCUCUUCCUCUCCGAGUACGGCUGCAACACCAACACCCGUAAGUGGGAGGAAGUCACCUCUCUGUACUCCACCCAGAUGACCGGCGUCUACUCCGGCGGUCUGGCCUACGAGUACUCCGAAGGCGGCAACAAGUACGGUCUCGUCAAAAUCGACGGCGACGAUGUCUCCACCCUCAAGGACUACGAUGCUCUCAAGGCCGCCUUCAGCAAGACCAAGAACCCCAGCGGUGACGGCAAAUACAACUCCACCGGCGGUGCCUCCGGCUGCCCCGUCCAGUCCAAGCCCAACUGGGAUGUCUCCACCGAUGCUCUCCCUGCCAUCCCCGUCCCCGCCAAGAAAUACCUGACCAACGGCGCCGGCAAGGGCGAUGGCUUCAGCGGAAAGGGCUCCCAGAACGCUGGCACCAAGUCCACCACCACUGCCACCCAGGGCUCCGGUGAUGUCGCCGCUGCUACCAGCGGUGGCUCUGCUGCUUCUAGCACUAGCUCCCAGGGUGCUGCCGCUGGCCUCAAGCCCUUCCAGUUCAGCUUCGCCCCUGCCACUGUCGGCCUUGUGUCGAUCAUGUCGGCUGUGUUCGGCGCCAGCUUUGUUCUUCUGUAA